UUUUCUUUAUUUAAGAAUAAUAAAAUGUUUUUAAAUUAACUAAAAUAAUGGAUUCUGAUAGCACUUCCAGUAUUCCUGAAAAUGAAUAUGAAGAUGAGUCUAAACUCCUAAGUGAUGAAAAUUAUAAAUUUCAACUUCUUGAUGUUGCAGAGCAUUGUCAAAAUAAACAGGAAAUGUGUGAAAAAUCUUUAAGUCAAAGUUAUAUGAUAUCAGAUCACAAAACUUCAAAGUUGCAAUGUGCUGAUUGUGGUGUGAAUCAUUGUACAAUGUGGCGGCGCUUGAAUGAGGAUAAUUUAGUAUGUAAUUUUUGUCAUCUUAAAAGAAUGAAAUGUUCAAAUUCUGUUCAUGGAAAAAAUUCUAUAAAUAAAGGCAAAGAACUUCCAGCUGUUAGAAUAUCAAGUCGUAAAAACAAAGCCAAAAAAAAGUUUGGCAAUGGAUUUGUUUCUCUUUUAAAAAACGGAACUUCAAAAAAUCGUCGCAGUUUAUUUAAGCAAAAACCAUCUAAAAGUGUUGAUUUUUGUGGCUCAAUUAUCACUUCAAAUGCUAUUUAUCAUGAUGGAUUGCUAUAUCAUGUUGGAGAUAUUGUUUCAACUUAUGAUCUAGAAGGUGGAAUUUUUUUUGCUCAACUUCGAGGUUUUCUUCAAGAUAGUUACUGUGAAAAAUAUUGUGUAAUCACUUGGUUGAUUCCUAAAGUUUCACAACCCAAGGUUUUUGAUCCAAUGUUGUUUCUACCAGGGCUAGAUGAAGAUGUACCUCGACCAAUGGAUUGCUUUAAUUUUGUAUGUCAUGCUCCUUCCGAUUUAUAUAAAUGUAGAAUUUUACAUCCUCCAUAUCUUAAAAGUCAAGCUAAUUUAAGUAAUCUAUUUGAAGCUGCUGUAUUUAUUGGUGAUUUAUCUAAUGGUUUACACAAAGAACCUGAAAAAAAAAUUGAAACAUUACUGGAUAAUCUUACAAAUGAAGAUACAUAAAUAAAAAAUAUGCUAAAAAAGGUUUUUAGUUAUAAUAAUUUAUUUUUUAUCUAAAAUAAUGAAAAAUGAUGGUAAAAUAUAAAAACUUUUUGUCAAGUUCAAGGUGCAAGUGUUCAGCAAUGCCUUCAAUUCUUUAGUGUGUUUCGUUGCGUUCAAUUGUCUAUUAGUGAUCAGUAAUGUGA